AUGGACACCAUCACCACCAUGGCAAUCAACGACGUUCCAGUAUCAGUAUCCCUCGAUCAACUUCAACAUGGCAUUGAUAAUGAGACAUUAGAAAAGGCUUUUGGUCCCACCUCGUUGGGGAUUAUUAUCGUGCGAAAUCUUCCACACGAGUUUCAAAGUCUAAGACAACGGGUGCUCACGAGCGCCUCAAUUUUGGCCAACUUGGAUCAAGAAGAACUCGAGAAACUUGAAUGUGAGGAAGCAUUGUGGUUGGUGGGAUGGUCGCGUGGACGGGAGAAGUUGGCAACGUCAUCAUUACCUGACUUCAAAAAGGGAUCUUUUUAUAUGAAUUGUGCUUUUCACAAGGAUUCCAAGUUGGAAGGUCCAGAGCCUAAAUUGACUAAAAAGUAUCCAAAUUACAAACCUUACACUGCACCCAACAUUUGGCCACACAAUGACGCAUUGAAAUAUUUUGAACGUGAUUGUAAAGCAUUGUGUUCGUUGAUAAUUGAUGUAGCUGGUUCAGUUGCAAGAGCUUGUGAUAAAUACAUCGAGAGAAUAUACCAAGAUUACGAGCAAAACUACUUACAAAAGAUAGUGCAAAACUCAACAUGUACCAAGGCGAGAUUGUUGCAUUACUUCCCAAUGACAGAGGAGGAUUCAUCUGAGUCGCUUGACGACUGGUGCGGUGAGCAUCUCGACCAUUCUUGUUUGACUGGUCUUACGUCCGCCUUAUUCCUCGAUGAGUCUAAGGGCUUGACUCACACAUUGGAAUCAUCUCCCGAUCCACAGGCCGGUUUGUACAUUAAAAACAGAGACAAUGAAAUUGUUAAAGUCAACAUUCCGGCCGAUUGUUUGGCGUUUCAAUCCGGCUCAGCAUUGCAAGAGAUCUCCAAGGGAAAGUUCAAAGCCGUUCCACACUACGUUAGAGGAACCAAAAAGCCACAUAUAGCCCGCAACACUUUGGCCGUUUUUUGUCAACCAAAUUUGGAUGCCAUGAUCAACGAGAAGGAGGAUUUUGCAGAAUAUUCUGAAAGGAUAUUAAGAAAUAAUCACUAA